UUUUCUGGAGACAAUGAUCACUUUUUGGCAAUUCAUCAGCGAAAGAGUGGAAAACCUGUGUUUAUUUAUCACCAUGUGGAGAGUGUGGAGAAAAGUCUGGAUACAGACAGCUAUAAGGAUUCCAAACAAAAUUUCCAUUCUUCUUCCCACACAAAAAUAAGCAAGUUGCACCCUGCAAUAAUUGUUAAAUCAGCUUUCCCCAGGUCUGUUUAUGACCCAUCCCUCAAUCUCUUAGCAAUGACUGGUCAAGAUUUGGAAGUGGAGAAUCUUCCCAUUCCUACAACGAAUGUGAUUAUUGUGACACUGCAAAUGGAUGUAAACAAGCUGAAUAUCACAUUGCUUCGGAUAUUUCGCCAAGGAGUGGCAGCAGCACUGGGACUGUUACCUCAGCAAGUCCAUAUCAACAGACUCAUUGGGAAGAAGAACUGUGUGGAACUGUUUGUGUCUCCAUUGAACAGGAAGCCAGGAAUUUCUGAGGCACUCCCAUCUGAAGAAGUUCUGCGUUCCCUUAAUAUCAACAUUUUGCAUCAGAGUUUAUCCCAGUUUGGAAUAACAGAGGUCUCCCCUGAGAAAAAUGUUUUGCAAGGCCAGCAUGAAGCAGACAAAAUCUGGAGCAAAGAAGGAUUUUAUGCAGUUGUCAUAUUUCUCAGCAUCUUUGUCAUUCUAGUGACUUGUUUAAUGGUUCUGUACAGAUUAAAGGAGAAGAUCCAGUUGUCACUAAGGCAAGAGAAGGAAAAGAAGCAGGAGAUCCACCUCUCACCCCUUCCCCUGCAGACAUCUCAGACUGAGUAUAAGACCACCAACAGCAUGGUCCAGCCUCAACAGGCUCCAAAGGUUAUCAAUGUUGUAGUGGACCCUCAGGGCCAAUGUGUUCCUGAGCUCAAACCUCCUCUGUGUGCCAGUCCAUCUCCUUUCAGAAUGAAACCUGUGGGACUCCAAGAAAGACGAGGAUCCAAUGUCUCACUGACUUUGGAUAUGAGCAGCUUGGGAAGUGUUGAACCUUUCGUCACUGUGCCAACCCCACGAGAAAAAGUAGCGAUGGAAUACCUGCAGUCAGCUGGCCGCGUCCUGACACGGCAGCAGCUUCGAGAUGCAGUUGCAUGUUCUCAUCUACUUCAAACAGAAUUCAUGGAAAUACCAAUGAAUUUUGUGGAUCCCAAGGAAAUUGACAUCCCAAGUCAUGGAACUAAAAACCGCUAUAAAACAAUUUUGCCAAAUCCUCUAAGCAGAGUGUAUUUGAAACCAAAAAAUCCAUCUGACUCCUUGAGUACCUACAUAAAUGCUAACUACAUUAGGGGAUAUGGAGGUAAAGAGAAGGCUUUCAUUGCAACUCAGGGACCCAUGAUUAAUACCGUGAAUGAUUUCUGGCAGAUGGUUUGGCAAGAAGACAGCCCUGUCAUUGUUAUGAUCACAAAGCUGAAAGAAAAAAAUGAGAAAUGUGUGCUUUAUUGGCCAGAAAAAAGAGGAAUCUAUGGGAAGGUUGAAGUCCUUGUUAACAGUGUGCAAGAAUGCAAAAACUACACUGUCCGUCAGCUUACAAUAAAGCAAGGGAGUCAGUCCCGCAGUGUGAAGCACUACUGGUACACAUCCUGGCCCGACCACAAAACCCCCGACAGUGCCCAGCCUCUGCUGCAGCUCAUGCUGGAUGUGGAAGGGGACAGGGUGGAAUCACCAGGCAGAGGGCCUGUCGUUGUGCACUGCAGUGCUGGUAUAGGAAGAACUGGAUGUUUUAUUGCCACAGCCAUUGGUUGUCAGCAGUUAAAGGAAGAGGGAGUUGUAGAUGCAUUGAGCAUUGUCUGCCAGCUACGAGUGGAUCGGGGUGGAAUGGUUCAGACCAGCGAGCAGUAUGAAUUUGUGCACCAUGCACUGAGUCUGUAUGAAAGCAGACUUUCUGCAGAAGCUGUCCAGUGA